CUGUGUUCGAUUUGACAGGACACGUAAACAGAAGAAUCGAUAUUGGAAGGUAGAAUCUGCUCCUAUUAGAAUAUUUUAGUUUUAUCAAUAUGAAUUUGUAAAUAGUGAUUUAAUAGUGAAUUGUAAAAAUGGCUAGCCCUAGGACUCGUCGGGUACUACAGGAAUUAAAACCCCAUGAUGAAAACGAUAAAUGUUUCGAAUGUGGCACUCAUAACCCCCAGUGGGUUUCUGUAACAUAUGGUAUAUGGAUAUGUUUAGAAUGCUCUGGGAAACACAGGAGCUUAGGAGUUCACUUAUCGUUCGUAAGAUCCGUUACCAUGGACAAAUGGAAAGAUUUAGAACUAGAAAAGAUGAAAGUUGGUGGUAACAGAAACGCCAGAGUGUUCUUCGAAGCUCAACCGGAUUAUGAUGAUAGAUGGCCAAUACAACAAAAAUACAACACUAAAGCUGCUGCACUUUACCGAGAUAAAAUCUCGGCUAUUGCUCAAGGUAAAAGUUGGGAUAUCAAAAAAUCCCCUGCUCAGAACUAUUCCCCAGGUCUGGUAACAUCUACCUCAAGCCCAAAUAUUCGAAAGAGUGAAUCAAAUAAUUCGGUAUCAAGUGGUUAUCAAAAUUCUUAUGAUAAUUAUCAAGGAGGAUAUCAGAACUCAUACAAUGCAGGUGAUAUUAAAGACCAGAAAGAGGCUUUUUUCUCUAGGAAACAAGUAGAAAAUGCUAGUAGACGAAGCGAUUUACCACCUUCCCAAGGAGGGAAGUACAGUGGGUUCGGUUAUACGAUGGAAGCUCCACCUAGGAGUCAAUCCCAAGAAUUUGUAGAUACUGCAAUUUCAUCUCUUGCCAGUGGCUGGUCAUUCCUAUCUUCAUCCGCAACAAAGAUCGCUAGUAAAGCCACAGAGAACGCAGUCAAAUACGGAGGUAUAGCAACGCAGAAAGUGGUGGAUAUUGGUGCUCAUGUAGGUGAAAAAGUGAGGGAAGGAAGUCUGCUUGAAGACAUGGGGACUCAAGUCAACAGAUUGGCGCACAAGAUGGGAGAACUCGGUAAAAAUAGUUGGAAAAACGAAUCCUCUAAUAAUACAAAUAAUGAUUUUUAUUCAGGGAACUACGGGCAGGUUAACGGCAGCAACGUUUCAUCUCCUGGAGAGAAUUCUUCGCUCUUCGGUAGCGGUAACUUAAGAGAAGACAACUGGAGUUGCGGCAGUCAGCAGGGGUCCAAAGCUUCCAGUCCCAAGAGCGGCGAUUGGGAAGGCUUCAAAUACCAAAGCGAUGAGCAUCAGAGCUAUCAGUCCGGUUUCACCGAUCCCCAGAGUAAUGUAAGAUCUCCUACCGAGGCUCAGAAAUCUUCGAAAGGCGACAAAAGCAAAGAGAAGAAGAAAGGCCAAUGGAACGACCAGUGGGGAGACGACGAACUGUGGGAGAGUUUGAACAAGUGAUGUUACCUCUCUCUCUCUCAAUUUAUUGCAUUUAUUAGAAUUAUUCAAAAUCUGUGUAAUUAAUAGACAAUAUAUAACUUAUACGUAAACAUCAAUUUUAUAUUAUACUUUUGAUCGUUGUCUUUGUUCAACCGAAGUUUUAGUCUAUUAUGAUUUAGGAGGUUCUUAUGAUGGUUGCGAUUCUAUAAAGAUUGUUGAUAUCAUUGAUGUGUUCUUUGGACUAUUAUGAGGAGGAAAUUGAUUUAAGAGAUUAUUAAUUUUAUUCUAUGUGUCAACUAUUUUUAAAAAUGUAAAUUUGAGAAAUAUACAACAAUAAAUACUGAAAUCUGA